AAGAAAACAUUGAAAGCGAUUUGAAGGAAAUAGUCCACUACCUGAAGAAAAUUAACAUACAUCUCUAACAUGAACAACCAACGCAACAUAUACCAACCACCCAAACACACUAUCACCGAUGCAUACCCAGACUACAAACGGCGAGAUGGACCGUGAACGGUCUUAGCCGUCAAGCUCACUUGACACAGCAAAGAAAAAAAAAACGGUAAAACUAACGGUUUUUUAGCAAACGCGAGUAGGUUGCGCAAAUUGGUUCAUGAAGGUUCGAAUAUAAAUGGCUGUGUGAAAAGUCUAACGGAGGUUUUCAUAUUGUUGAUAGUGAAAUGUUCGCCAAAUUAUUGAAGUGCUGUUGGAAGGGAUCAACUAAAUUACCAGCUCCAAAAAAAUUGAUGAAAAAUGUGCCAGUCGAAAUUAAUUCACAAAAUGUGGCAGGCAAGCGCAAGGUAAACUUGUUUCGACGCACUAAAGAGGAAGAGAUCUUGCUAUUGGAAAAGCGUUACUUGAAAAAAUAUCUUCGCUACUACAAACUGUAUGUCCACGGGAUGACACUCGAAAAAAUGAGAAUUGCGAAGCGCUUCCUAGAGGCGUCCCUAGAACCGGAGGAACGACUUGUCGAUGAGAUGGCCAGCUCGCUCUCACAAUCCGGCACACAGUGCACCUGCUUUUGCUUUAAAUCCAAUUCUGAAGCUGUUCCGAAAUCGAACGUGCGACGUGUUACCUUUCAGCAGGAUAUGGUUCAAUCACGGUACAUAGAUGAUUACGAUGAUGACGCAGGCGAUAAUUCCGAGCUACCAUCGGUGGCAGACAAUAAGGUAUUGUCGAGUUUUAAAACUGAGAAUUUGACAGAACAACUGAGUGAUAAGUCGUAUCUGCCGACCAUAAACCAUUUAUACGAAUCUAGUGUAGGGAUAGAUUUUGACGCUUCUUUGACGGAUAUGGAAUUUGACCUGGGACCUUUCCUCAUUGGUAGUUGCAACGGUCCGACCUACAUAUCUUUCGAACAGCCAGAGCCAUGACGGUACAUUUAAUGUUAAUAUUUUAGUUUAUUUUUGUAAAUUGUAUAUCUUAUGAUAUUUCUGUCAUAUGAUGGUUUUUUUGUAAAUAAGUAAAUUAUCAAUGGAUCUGAAGCCAAGAAAAAUGUCAUACUGAUUGAAUGUCAGUUUAAGACUUCGUGGAAAUAAAAUUUAUU